AGAGAGGUUACGAUAAUCCGCGAGGUCAGCUCACCCGGGUCCUCUAGGUCUCUGUUUCUGCUGUAACCGGAUUCCCUUGUUUCCCAGAAGAGGAGAAACACCGCACGGGACGCGAUGCAGGCUAACCUCUUCAAUUUGAUGGUUACGUCGAUCAGACCGACGUGUGUAAAACGUAUCGGUCCAAUACUUGCCACUGCUCAGAGGAGGCAUUAUGCGAGUACCUUGGAUGCUGAUGUCGUCGUAAUCGGUGGAGGACCCGGUGGAUACGUUGCCUCGAUUAAAGCUGCCCAGUUGGGCAUGAAGACCGUGUGCGUGGAGAAAGAUCCGACGUUAGGUGGAACUUGCCUCAAUGUAGGAUGUAUUCCUUCCAAGUCGUUAUUAAAUAAUUCCCACUAUUACCACAUGGCGCACAGUGGUGAUCUCAACGAUCGAGGAAUAAUAGUCCAGAAUGUUCAGUUAGAUUUAAACAAACUCAUGGAGCAAAAGGUUAAUGUGGUUAAAGCCUUGACUGGUGGGAUAGCAGGAUUAUUUAAGAAGAACAAGGUCGAGUGGGUUAAAGGUCAUGGAAAGAUAACGGGCAAAAAUCAAGUGAGCGCCCUAAAUCCAGAUGGUUCAGUGGGAACUACAAUUAACACUAAAAACAUCUUAAUAGCAACAGGCAGCGAAGUGGCACCAUUUCCUGGUAUAGAGAUUGACGAAAAACAAAUUGUAUCUUCGACCGGUGCUUUAUCGUUGUCUGCAGUUCCUAAGAAAAUGAUAGUUAUCGGUUUAGGUGUAAUCGGACUGGAGCUGGGCUCUGUAUGGCAAAGGUUGGGGGCAGAUGUAGUCGGAGUUGAAUUUACAAAUAGCAUCGGAGGUGUAGGUAUAGAUGGCGAAGUUAGCAAAGCUUUGGAGAAAAUUCUGGUCAAGCAAGGUUUGAAGUUUAAACUAGGUACUAAAGUUACCGGAGCAAAAAAAACAGGCGGCGGAGUAGAAGUGUCCGUAGAAGACGCUAAGGAUCCUAGCAAGAAAGAAACUCUAUCCUGUGACAUAUUACUGGUGUGUAUCGGGAGGAGACCCUAUACAGCUAACUUAGGUUUAGAAGACUUGGGAAUCGAGAGAGACGAAAGGGGAAGGAUCCCAGUCAACAACAGGUUUCAGACCGUUGUGCCAAACAUUUACGCUUUUGGAGAUUGCAUUCAUGGACCGAUGCUGGCACAUAAAGCCGAAGACGAAGGAAUAAUUACGGUGGAAGGAAUCACUGGAGGUGCCGUUCAUAUCGACUACAACUGUAUACCGAGCGUAAUCUAUACGCAUCCAGAAGUUGGCUGGGUAGGCAAAACCGAGGAAGACCUCAAGAAGGAGGGUAUCGACUACAAAAUUGGAAAAUUUCCACACAUGGCUAAUUCCAGAGCAAAAACGAAUCUGGACACGGAUGGUUUCGUGAAGGUUUUAGCUGAUAAAAAUACGGAUAAAAUUUUGGGAGUACACAUGAUCGGCUCCGUUGCCGGUGAACUCAUCAACGAGGCUGUACUCGCAAUGGAAUACGGUGCAAGUGCAGAGGACGUCGCACGAACGUGCCAUGCGCAUCCGACAUGUUCGGAGGCACUGAAGGAAGCAAACUUGGCUGCCUAUUUUGGCAAGCCGAUCAACUUCUAAACGGCAAUCGCAAAUUCGGGAUACACCGAGUACUUCAUCGACUCGCCGUAGCCACUCGGUCUAGUCCGCGUUUCACCGCUCGAGGACACCGCACCGCUGCAAGUGAUCAUAACGCGAUCUAAUCGCAUAAAGGCUAAGAAGAGUAACUGUAAAUAAACGUUCGAAUCGUUGGUUUGGAAGGGUACGUACCUUUUUAUUAGCUGUACCCCGAUCGUACAAGCAUUAAGUAUUUAUUACAAAUAAAUCGAAAAUCUGGUCACAUCUA